AUUUGGUAUCUUGUCUGAUGCACCGGCUUUCCUCUUGUUCUUUGCGGUAUUAGCUGUUAUUUUUAAUCUAUAAAUUACACCCUUCCUGCCGGUUUCUCCUGUAACUCAGGGAUCAGCACAGUGCAGUGUGCAGUCUUUACGCCAGGUUGAUAUGCGAGGAGACGCCGACAUGCGUAGCCCGGACUCACCUCAUUGAUGGUCGGGAUCUCUUUUCAUAGGCCCUACUAUAUCUGUCUUAUUUCUGGAAAAGCAUUAGUGUUUCAUGUGAAAAUGGUCCGGUGAAAUGUACUUUUGGACCACGGAGGGAUUCUCAGCAAUAAGGCCAAGACUUUUGAAAGAUGAAGAUUUGGAGCACGGAACAUGUUUUCAGUUACCCCUGGGAGACGGUGAUCAAGGCUGCCAUGAGGAAGUACCCAAACCCCAUGAAUCCUAACGUGGUGGGGGUGGACGUCCUGGACCGCAGUCUGGAUAAAGAGGGACGCCUGCACAGCCACAGACUCCUCAGCACAGAGUGGGGCCUCCCGGGCAUCGUGCGAGCGAUACUGGGAACCAACCAUACACAGACGUAUGUGCAGGAACACUCUAUAGUGGACCCAGAGAAGAAGAAGAUGGAGCUGUGCUCAACAAAUAUUACUCUCACCAACCUGAUUUCAGUGGAUGAGAGGCUUCUUUACAGCCCACACCCAGACAACCCUGACGUUACCAUCCUGACCCAGGAGGCCAUCAUCACAGUCAAGGGAGUGAGUCUAGGUAGUUACCUAGAGGGGAUGAUGGCAAUGAGAAUGUCAGCUAAUGCCAUGAAGGACAGCAGUUCUGCAGUGCCGAGUACUUUCCCCGCUACACCUCAUAAAGCAGGGGGAUUCUCAGCACGUCGGGACCCUCUGCAGUUGGUACUUAUACUGCCAUGCAGUGGGAGCUCAGAUAGAAGGUGUAAUGUUGCCAAAGAUGAAUGGUUUUUAGAGCUGGAAUUAAGGGUUGUGGGUCAAAGUCUGGCAGGCGUGUCUCAAUGCAAACUCAAAACCAUCAACAGCUAUUCAAAUCAAGGCAAGAGAGGAAUACAGGACCAUUUUCCUUACUGCUGAAAAAACAUAAGGUUUAAAAUUCAAGGGCCUCUUAAACUUAGACUUUUAUUGGUUGGAUUAUAAUAUUCUGACCCCACAUUUUCUUUGCUCUCAUGUCAUAUCUUCAUCAUAUUUUAGAAGAGAUGGACUUAUUUUAGAUAAAAGAGUAAUAGUGCACUGACAAUAUGCAACAAACUUCAUAACUUUUAUUUGAAACAAUGUUCUUCUUUAUGUCCAACACUGGCGACUAUAGAUGGAGUUCAAAUCUGAAAGCUUUUUGUGUUCCAAGAGGCAAAACUGUAGAUGAUAUGUUUGCAUGAUAGGAGCAUUAAAAGAGGAGAUGGAUUAUUAAAGAUAGAAUGAUAUUAGCUAGGUAGCAAGCUUUACAUCUGCUAAUGCAGCUAAGAAGUGAUGGGUAAAAUACAGGAAUGUAUUAUUAACAUUGCCUUCUUUAUCUGCUGUCAAAGCAACAAUACCUUUUUGUUGUUAAUAUUCUGGGCAAAUUGCCUUAAACCAGCAGAUUUGAUUGAGGAAUGUGCGCAUGACGUGUUCAGCUUUAUUAUUGUUUUUCCAGCUGUCUUUUGUAUGCCUUUGCCAGUCAGACACACUUUUAAAGCUACCUAACUACACCCCCUCCGAGGAGCAGUACUGUAUGUGCAAUGCUGCGGAAACGCACACUAAUACAAAUGUCUUUUGUGCUAAACCUUAUUUCUUUGUUAUAUAAAAAUAAUCAUCAUAAUAUUUGUAUAUGUACUAUUUAUCUUAACAGACAUGUAACAAGCACUGAAUUGUUAUAUUGUUUAUACUGUCAUGCUAAAAGUUUUAAUUUGCUUUUUACAUUUUGUUUUAACUUCAACUGUUGUCCUGA